AUGUCCUCUACCCUCAAAAUGGUGGAAUAUCGCCAGCUUGGUAAGUCGGGUCUCCGCGUUUCUGUGCCCAUUCUCGGGGCUAUGAGCUUUGGGUCUUCCGAAUGGGCGCCCUGGGUAAUCAACGAGGACAGGGCAAUCCCUCUCUUGAAGGCUGCUUGGGAUCGCGGUGUCACAACCAUCGAUACAGCCAAUGUAUACUCCAACGGUGAAUCCGAGCGUAUCGUUGCCAAGUUUAUCGCACAGUACAACAUCCCCCGCGAAGAACUCAUCAUUGCGACCAAGUGCCAUGGCCUCGUCGCCAAAGAUGUCGGCGUGCGCACUUCCAUCAAUCCUCAGUUGAGGUCGCUACCGCAAUAUGUGAACCAGUCCGGCCUCUCGCGCGGCGCGAUCUUCAAGCAGGUCGAAGCAUCUCUCAAGCGCCUGAACACCACCUACAUCGAUCUCCUCCAGAUUCACCGUUUUGACGACACCGUUCCCGUGGAGGAGACUAUGAAGGCGCUGCACGACCUCGUCGAGAGCGGAAAGGUCAGGUAUAUCGGCGCGAGCUCUAUGAGGUGCUGGCAGUUCGCGAUGAUGAAUGAGGUCGCGGAUAAGCGGGGCUGGACCAAAUUCGUCAGCAUGCAGGAUGAGUACUCAUUGCUGUACCGCGAGGAGGAACGUGAAAUGAUCGCAUACUGCAACUUCAACGGCAUUGGGCUGAUCCCCUGGGCUCCUCUGGCUGCGGGUGCACUCGCACGUCCGCUCGGUUCUGAAACCACCCGGUCAGAGGCUGCCAAGGGAACAGUUUUCGAGAAUAAGAUCAAGGCGUCCGACAAGGUCAUCAUCUCCCGCGUAGAGGAACUUGCCAAGAAGAAAGGCGUCGCAAUGGCGCAAAUCGGGUUGGCGUGGAUCCAGACGAAAGUUACCAGCCCAAUUGUAGGCUGCAGCUCUGUCUCGCGCUUGGAGGAGGCGAUAGUGCAGGGCGUGGACCUCACCCCGGAGGAAAUCGCGUACCUUGAGGAGCCAUAUGAGCCGAGACCUAUCCGUGGUCACGCCUGA